GAACAUGGUGGUGCUAAUUAGAAACUUACUUAUUUUCUUUCCACUUCUGGUCAUAUUUCCAGCACAUGCCCUCGACAAUGGCUUAGCCAUCACUCCACCAAUGGGAUGGAUGGCAUGGGAGAGAUUCCGAUGUAACAUAGACUGCAAGGAUGACCCACAAAAUUGUAUCAGUGAAAAAUUGUUCAUGCAAAUGGCUGAUCGUAUCGCUGAAGAUGGUUUUCAAAAAGCUGGAUAUGAAUAUGUUUGUAUCGAUGACUGCUGGGCUUCUCACAAUCGCACAUUAGAAGGUGAUCUUCAGCCAGAUCCCAAGAGAUUUCCAAGUGGAAUUAAAAAGCUUGCUGACUAUAUUCAUUCCAAAGGUCUCAAGUUUGGAUUAUAUGCAGAUUAUGGUGAUCUAACCUGUGAGCGUUAUCCAGGAAGCAUAGACUAUAUUCAACAGGAUAUGCAGUUGUUUGCUGACUGGGGUGUGGAUUAUCUCAAGAUGGAUGGUUGUUUUGCUGAUCCUCUUACAUUUGACAUAGGCUACCCAACAGUUACAAGAGCAUUGAAUGAAACAGGGAGACACAUUGUGUUCUCCUGUAGCUGGCCUGCUUAUCAAGUGUGGGGUGGAAUGACGCCUAAUUACCAGCUCAUUGCAAAGCACUGUAAUUUAUGGAGGAAUUACAAUGAUAUACAGGAUUCUUGGCUCAGUUUGGUAAGAAUUGUAGAAUGGUAUGGUGAUCACCAACAUGAAAUGAUACCUGUGGCUGGACCUGGACACUGGAAUGAUCCUGACCAGCUAUUGAUUGGAAAUUUUGGUCUUAGCUAUGAGCAGUCCAAGUCACAGUUUGCUCUUUGGGCAAUUCUGGCUGCUCCACUCAUGAUGUCAAAUGAUCUUCGUGAUAUUGCUCCAUGGGCCAGGGAAAUAUUAUUGAAUAAGGAGGUGAUAGAUGUGAAUCAGGACAAACUGGCAAAGAUGGGGCGGCGAGUGUCUCAGUCCCCCAGGAGUUUUACCGAGGUGUGGUGUCGUCAGCUGCAUGAUGGAUCUGUUGCUGUUGUUUUGUCUAGUCGCAGAACAGACCAGCCUAUUCAUAUCGAGGCCUACUUCCACGAGGUUGGUGUGCCUACCAUCAUGGCCAAAGCACGGGAUCUUUUUGCACACAAGGACCUGGGCAUAUUCAAGAAAAGCUUCAGGGCCAAAGUUAACCCCAGUGGGGUAGUGAUGGUCAAAUUGUCUCCUAUACAUUAUGAGUUAUAAGAUUGGGUCAGCAGUAGUUUUUAAUGUAGUGUAGGGUAUACCUACAGGUCAUGGUGAAAUGUCUAAGUUUUUAUUUAUUUUUAAACGUAAAUAUUGACAGGCCGAACCCUGUAUUUAUGACAGGUUUUGUGAAAACCUCAGUAAUUUUUGAAAACGGUCUCUCAGAGUUUAGGAAGGCAGUGUAGUGAACCAAUCAGUGAGACUUUCAAAGACCUAUCCAAAUGACCAGCGUAAAGUGCAACACUGAUUAACACGCACGACCAAGUCACGUUUAUUGGCGGGGUCUCUAAAACAGAGCAGUCACAUCAGUCUAAAGGAAACCAACCUUAAUUCCAACUGAAACAAUAAUUGUCAAACGUUUGUGAAGCGAAUUGUUCCGAAAGACCCCUAAAUGGAUUUUGAUUUGUUCUGAUGUCAUUCUGUUGUUACUUAUUUCUACGUUCGUGAACUUAGAUGAUAGCAAAGUAUCUACUGCGGCUGCGCAGUAGUCACAAUAAACUGUGUCAAUCAGUGCUUACAACCAAGGCAAGCGCAGAUGACAAAUAAUUUAUAUGGAGUUUUUGCUCGUUUCUUUUAAUCGGAUCGGUCAAUUUUGUGGAAGUGGGAAAUAGAAUAUGUGAAUGAUUUGAAUGGACACCAUUUAAACAGGGAAGAUUGUUAGUAUUCCCUUGGAAUUAAGUUCAAUAUACUGUAAUUGCGUUCGAUCUCGGAAUUAUAUACAUUGAGCGAAAAAAUUGUGUACCUAGAAUCCUUUUCUUACAAUACGUAUCGAUUUGUUUCUUCUUUUUAUGUAUAAUUUUUUUAUUAUUAAUUUAGGGUUAAGAUUUGUAAUUAGUGUAAAUUUCCGUUGUGUGUCCAUAUCUAAAAGCUAAAAUUGCUACAAAACUAUUUUGAUAUAGAGUAAGAAUAUAAAACUUAGAUACAAAACUUAGGUAUAAAUUUGAUAUCCAGGCGGUGUUGAUAUUUAUUUUGUAACUCCUGUACUAAGAUACAUAGAUAGACACAUUUAGAAAACAGACAUAGGAAAAUAGACUUGUAUUUAUGAGUGAAGUCCAUUCAGUUAUUGAUUUCAAUUACUGGAAGCCGUAGUUCCAUUGAAGUGGAACGAUAUCCUAGCUGGUGAAGGAAGAAAAAUAUGAAAAUAAAACGAAGGCCUAUUACACUGU